AUGGAACAGUUGAAUUUGGAUGCAAAUUCUGAUGUUAAAGAGGAUGGUCCUCUUCGGCACAAGAUGAAAAAGAACAAUGCACUCGAGGCUUCUGAAAGUCUUAGAAGUAAAAAGAUAUCUGCUAGAUGGGAUCCAGCCGAAGCAUGUCGGCCAAUAAUAGACGAAGCACCUGUGUUUCAUCCGACUAUUGAAGAGUUUGAAGAUACUCUUAGUUAUAUUGCAAAGAUACGCCCUCUAGCUGAACCUUAUGGCAUAUGUAGGAUUGUCCCUCCAGCUUGCUGGGUUCCACCUUGCCUUCUUAAGGAGAAAGAUAUAUGGGAAAAUGCUGAAUUUUCGACCCGUAUUCAGCAAAUUGAUUUACUUCAAAAUAGAGAACCUAUGAGGAAAAAGAGUAGGGGAAGGAAACGAAAACGUAGAAAGAACUCCAAAAUGGGAACAUGUAGGAGAGUUUCCAAUUCUGCUUCUGAGUCUAAUAAAGCUUGUGAAGCUGAAGAGAAAUACGGAUUCCAAUCAGGGUCAGACUUCACGUUUAAAGACUUUCAGCAGUAUGCUAGUUACUUUAAGGAAUGCUACUUUGGGUUGAAAGAUGCCCAUGAUAACGACAAACUCAGUGAUAGUAACCGCCAAAAGAGACCGGAGCCCUCCGAGGAGGAAAUUGAAGGUGAAUACUGGCGAAUAGUUGAGCAACCAACUGAUGAAGUUGAGGUGUUUUAUGGAGCCGACUUGGAAACUGGAGUAUUUGGAAGUGGUUUUCCUAAGGCAUCAUCCUUAACUAAGGGUUAUCCAGAUCAAUAUGCCCUUUCUGGUUGGAAUCUAAAUAACUUUCCACGACUACCGGGUUCUGUACUAAGUUUUGAAGGAAGUGACAUAUCAGGAGUACUAGUUCCAUGGCUGUAUGUUGGCAUGUGCUUUUCAUCAUUUUGCUGGCAUGUUGAGGAUCAUCACCUCUAUUCGCUUAAUUAUCUACAUUGGGGUGACCCAAAAAUAUGGUAUGGAGUACCUGGAAGCCAUGCUUCUGCUUUUGAAGAUGCAAUGAAGAAGCACUUGCCUGAUUUGUUUGAAGAACAACCUAAUCUACUCAAUGAUCUGGUAACACAGUUAUCUCCAACAAUUCUUCAAUCUGAGGGAGUUCCCGUUUAUCGCACCGUUCAGCAUUCUGGGGAAUUUGUCAUUACCUUUCCAAGGGGGUAUCACUCUGGGUUCAAUUGUGGUUUCAACUGUGCAGAAGCAGUGAAUGUAGCUCCUGUUGAUUGGUUAAUGCAUGGCCUGAAUGCUGUCGAGCUUUAUAGUUUACAACGCCGCAAGACAUCAUUGUCACAUGACAAGCUCUUAUUUGGAUCAUCAUUAGAAGCUAUACGAGCCCUUGCAGAGUUAACUCUUCAUGGAAAGGAAAGUCCAAAAAAUUUGAAGUGGAAAAGCGUAUGUGGGAAAGAUGGAGUUCUUACUAAUGCAUUUAACGCAAGAAUAAAGAUGGAAGCAGAGAGACUAGCCUGUCUUCCAACUCAUUUUAAUGUGCUGAAGAUGGCCAAUGACUUUGAUUUGCAUACCGAAAAAGAAUGUUUCUCUUGUUUCUACGACUUAUACCUCUCUGCUGUAGGUUGCAAGUGCUCUCCUGAUCGAUAUUCCUGUCUUAAGCACGCAAGUUCGCUCUGCUCAUGCGAAAUGGACAAAAGAUUUGUUCUGCUUCGACAUAAUAUGAAUGAGCUAAACAAGUUGCUUGAAGCACUAGAAGGAGAUUCACAUACUCUUGAGUUAUGGGAAAAUAGAAACUUCGGAAUGGUUUCUACCGAGGCCAAUGAGGAGGAGGGAGACAAAGGUCUCAGAGAAACCAAGGAUAGUUCAAAUAGUCAUGUUUCUUCAGAGCCAAUGCAGUGUGAAUCUCACCCUUUAACUCUUAGUGCACCAAAUGAAAGUAUAGAUAGUGAUAAUGACAAUAAAGUAAUUGUAGACAAAGGUGCGGUGAACCACGCAGCUUCUCUAGAUUUGAACCUUGAUCUUAUAUCUGGUGACAAUGAAAAGCAUUUGCUGCAUAUUGCAGAGAACCAUCCCGACAAGAGUGAUUCAACAGAGGAAAAAGUAAGCUGUUUAGAGAGCCAAAAGGAACAAACCAACAUGGAGUUUGUUGGUAUGGGUGACCUAUCACAUUCAUUUUCUGUUGUGAAGACAGAAGUUUCAUCAUGCUCAAGAGAUAUUCACAAUCCUUGUACAUCUGAUGAUGGAAAAUAUGAGGUGGAUCUGCAAAUUGAUUCAGAAUCAAGGAAGAAACCCAAAAUUGCGUGUGAAAAUACGAGUAUAUCUUUGACACGGGAGAGCUGCCUAAUGCAAAUUUUCGGUGCUUCUGUCAAGCCUAUAAGUUUGGGAUCUGUUGUUCAUGGAAAGCCAUGGUCCAGUAAAAAUGCAAUAUAUCCAAAAGGAUUCAAGAGUCGAGUUAAUUUCUUUAAUAUACUCAAUCCAACAAGAAUCUGUAGCUAUGUUUCUGAAGUCAUUGAUGCUGGACUUCUUGGUCCUCUUUUCAAGGUUACAAUGGAAGAAUGUCCGAGGGUCACUUUCACGGACACCUCAGCAGAUAAGUGUUGGGAAUCAGUUCUAAAAAGACUGCAUAAUGAAAUUAUGGAGCGAAGAAAUCGAGGUGAACAUGAACUUCCUUCCUUAGAGCUUCUGAACAACAUUAAUGGUCUUAGAAUGUUUGGCUUCCUUUCGCCGUCCAUUAUUCAGACCAUUGAAGGUCAAGAUCCCGGUCAUCAGUGUGCAGAGUAUUGGAAUCACAAAGUUUUCCCUACAUCUCCAGGCAGUGUCAUCGAUAACUGUAAUGUCCUAUGUUGUUCAACUUCAAGCAGCCCUUUAGAUAUUAACGUCAACAUCAAAGUUUUCGGUAUCAAUUUGAUUGAUCAUCAUACAAAGGAAAACACAAGAGGAAGUUAUCAUUCAGAGAUGAAAUCAAUACUACAAAAGGCUAGUCCUGGUGAGCUAAACUUGUUGCACAAGUUACUUAUCUCGGACUCACAGUGCUCUGAGUGGAGAAUGACAUUGACGUCACUGAUGGAUGAGAUCCAGAAAGGUUUGUAG